AUGCUACCUUCUCUUAGAGUGGUUCUUUUAGGUCACGGUUACAGAACGAAGCUUUGCGAUAUAAAUGCAAGCGAUCUGCCCUGUGAAAGACGUUUGCUAAUCAAUAGGACGAACAAUCCAUGUCUCGGUUACCGAUGGAAAUCUCUAUGUGAGGUGGAGGGCACAGUGAAAUGCGCCACGACGCCAAAUUGCAUACUUCCACAUUGGAUUUUGGAUGGGAAGGAUGACUGUGAAGACGGCAGUGAUGAAGGUGUGGAUCAUGAGAUAGUGGAUCAUGAGACAACGACCGUAGCGAAGCCGCCCGAGAUUCCAACGAUCUGUGACUUUUAUGAGUUCCGCUGUCUGAGUGGGGAAUGCGUUGAAGGACGGUUGGUGCUUGAUGGGCAACCGCACUGCUUUGACAAAAGCGACGAAGAAUACUGCCAGCUCUACGGCAACUACUGUACAGCAGCAUCACCAUGCAGCUUCCACAUUGAUAUUAUGGCAUUCGGUUGUGGAUGCCCAAAGCCACUCAUCCGAGACGAACGGGGAAUCUGCAAAAUUUCUUGA